GUUGCCAGGCGACGGGGCGCAUAUACUGAAUUUUAACAAAAGAACAGGGAAAGAGGGAGAACGGGAGAGAGUGCGUGUGAGAGAGGAGAGGAAAGAGGGGGGAGAGAGGUGAAGAGAGAGAUCAGAGAAAUUGAAUACAUGUAGAACAGAUACAUAUUUAGAUAGAUAUUUCAGUGUGUGUGUGAGUGUGUGUGUGUGCGCGCGUGUGGCGGCGGUGGCUGUGGUGGGGGGACACCUGCAAAACGGAUACCUCAAACAGGGAAAGGAUGUGAAAAAGGAUGGAGAGACGCGGGCAAAGAGGGGGGAAAGGCUGGUGAAAAACAGCACCCUCUCUUAGAGAGAUAUAUAUCUGCCCCCCUCCCCUCGGCAGGUUGCCAUGGUCGCUAUACCUACUCUUUCUCUCCUAUUGGUCCUGGCAGAGUGGGCAGGUCUGGUGGACGCGUCCCCCCACCUCCUGCUCCGGCCGAGUCCGCGGGAGCGUGAUGCGGGGACUAUGAUGAACUUCAACAUUGCUGUGAUCCACGCCGGUGCCACAGUGCAGGCAGAGGCAGCAGUUGCAGGGCCUGGGGGAAGGGUGCUGUACCCCGGCUUUGGCCGGGUUUAUGGCUCCUUGGGGGAGAGUGUGGUCACCCAAUGGGGCUCUGCUAACGUCAUCUGGCUGCAGGUGAAUGACAGUAGUCCUAAGACAGUGCUGUCCCAACUGUGUGAACUGCUGGCGGCGCGGCCCCUGCAGGGUCUGGUGUAUGAAGAGGAGAGACCUCCUCGCACUGCCUGGGGCCCUUUGGCCCCAAUGCUGGAGUUUGUCUCUGCACAGACAGGAUUGCCCAUAGUGGCUGUGGGAGGAGGAGCAGGCCUGGGGAGGAUGCCACAGGAAUCAGGUUCCAUCUUUCUCCAGUUCAGCUCUUCCACCGCUCUACAGUUGGAGGUCAUCUUUGAAGUGUUGGAGGAGUACGAUUGGACGGCUUUCUCUGUGGUGUCCACUCGUCACCAUGGUUACCAGGACUUCCUGUCUGUGGUGGAAGGCCUGACUGACGGCUCCUUCAUUGGCUGGGAGAAGAAGAGCGUGGUGAUCCUGAACGUGACUGACGACCCUGGGGGGGCACGCACGCGCAGGCUGCUGAAGGAGAACGAGGCGCAGUGUGUAUGUGUGUGUGUGUGUGUGUGUGUGUGUCUCCCCCUGUCCAUGUUCCCUCCCUGCCUUCCUGCUGGCCUCCAGGUGCGCCUGCUGUACUGCUCCCAGGAAGAAGCCGAGCUGGUUUUCCGAGCUGCCUGGGCCGCAGGUCAGGCAGGAGCCUCUCACAUGUGGUUUGCGGUGGGGCCAGCUCUCUCAGGUUUGGGCACGGAGAACUUGCCUCGGGCUUUAUUUGCCGUUCGGCCCCAGGGCUGGAGGGAUGAGCCUCGCCGAAGGAUCGCCCGAGGUGUGUCUGUGCUGACUCACGGGGCAGUGGCAAUGCGGAAGGAGUACGGAACCACGGGGGGGCCAAACUUUGUCACCAACUGCAUGACGGAUGCCAAUCAGACCCAAAGACUGCGGGGCAGGAUGAGAUAUUUUAGCAACAUCACACUUGGUGGGCGAGACUACUCUUUCAACGUGGAAGGUUACCUGUCAAACCCCUUCUUGGAUGUCAUCUCUUGGACACCUGGAAGCGGAUGGGAAGAUGUAGGCUGGUGGGAAAAUGGUGUGCUAAGGCUUCGGUACCCAGCCUGGUCGCGCUACGGGCCUUUCCUAAAGCCACCUGAUGAUGCCCAGCACCUGCGUGUUGUCACACUGGAGGAAAGGCCAUUUGUCAUUGUGGAGCUUGCAGACGCUGCAUCUGGAACUUGCAUCCGUGACUCAGUUCCCUGCAGACGUCCCCUUAACGCCAGUGCUAUCCAUGAGGGAAUGGCUCCCUUGAAGCAGUGCUGCAAGGGCUUCUGCAUUGACAUCCUCAAGCGACUGGCCAAGAUUGUCGGAUUCACCUACGACCUUUACUUAGUGACCAAUGGGAAACAUGGGAAGAAAAUCGAUGGGGUUUGGAACGGCAUGAUUGGGGAGGUGGUGUACAAGCGGGCAGAUAUGGCCAUUGGCUCACUGACUAUCAAUGAGGAGAGGUCAGAGGUCGUGGAUUUCUCAGUUCCCUUUGUGGAGACAGGAAUCAGUGUCAUGGUCUCCCGUAGCAAUGGAACUGUAUCUCCAUCAGCUUUCUUAGAGCCUUACAGUCCAGCGGUGUGGGUGAUGAUGUUUGUCAUGUGCCUGACUGUUGUGGCGGUGACAGUCUUCAUUUUUGAAUUCUUCAGCCCUGUGGGUUACAAUCGCAGCCUUCAGAAUGGCAAAAAGGCUGGAGGGUCCACUUUCACUAUUGGAAAAUCCGUCUGGCUCUUGUGGGCCAUUGUCUUCAACAACUCUGUGCCAGUGGAGAACCCGAGAGGAACCACGAGCAAGAUCAUGGUGCUGAUCUGGGCCUUCUUUGCUGUCAUAUUUCUCGCCUCCUACACUGCUAACCUGGCUGCCUUCAUGAUCCAGGAGGAGUACAUCGACACAGUGUCAGGCCUGUCGGACAAGAAGUUUCAGCAUCCAGAGGAGCAAUACCCACCUCUGAAGUUUGGAACAGUGCCCAAUGGGAGCACUGAAAAAAAUAUCCGCUCCAACUACCCAGACAUGCACCAGUACAUGGGAAAAUACAACCAGAAAGGAGUGGAAGAAGCCAUAUUGAAUCUCAAGACCGGGAAACUGGAUGCUUUUAUUUAUGAUGCUGCAGUAUUGAACUAUAUGGCCAGGAAGGACGAAGGUUGUAAGGUGAUGACCAUAGGCUCGGGGAAGGUUUUUGCCACCACAGGCUACGGUAUCGCCUUGCACAAAAACUCACGCUGGAAACGUCCUCUUGACCUCGCCCUACUGCAGCUGGUGGGAGAUGAUGAAAUUGAAAUGCUGGAGCGCCUCUGGCUGUCAGGUAUCUGCCAUAAUGACAAAAUUGAGGUGAUGAGCAGUAAGCUGGACAUUGACAACAUGGCUGGGGUCUUCUACAUGCUCCUGGUGGCCAUGGGCCUCAGUCUUCUCGUUUUUGCCUGGGAACACUUAGUGUACUGGAAGCUCCGACACUGCAUGGCCACUAGUUCAGGCAAACUGGACUUCCUCUUGGCAAUCAGCAGAGGCAUGUAUAGCUGCUGCAGCUUUGAAGAUGAAACGGCACCAAGUGGAGCUAAAUCUUUGCCUUUGCAUCACCACACUGCAAUGGUUACAGUUUCAGCUCAGCCACAUGUUGUCACAACAUCAAUGACAAACCCAGCCCAUGCCAUGGCACAACAGCAGCAGCAACCACAGCAGCAGCAACCCCAGCCUGUAUACAAAACUCCUCUACCAGGUUCUCCUCCCACCGUGCUGCAUUCUGGGACAGCACUGGGUUCCUCCAGCAACCCCAUCGCUGGUGCGCCUCUUCCUUGCUCCACUUUCUUGCCAAGGCCAGACCGUCGACUGGCUGUGGUGGAUCGCUGGAGGCUGCCCAAAACUGUUACAGCCACCAACCCCAUGGCUGUACGAGGGGCCAUCAAUGACAUGGGACCCUUUGCACAGAAAGUCCCACCAAACUGGGCUUCAGCAGCUGGAGGAGGUGGGGGGCUUGAUGGCUAUAAAAGAUAUUAUGGUCCCAUUGACCCUGAGGGACUGGGGCCCUGCAUGGAGCAACAAGUAGGGACCCAGACCCCCAAGACUAUGCCAAGGGGCCACCCCCAACCCCCUCCAGCUAGCGUGGCCUUCUUCUCAGAGAAGAGCAUGGAUCAUGGGGUGGGGAAGAAGGUUGUGGGAGGUGGCGGUGGAGGUCAGGGGAAAGGCGCUGUUAAACCUCUGGGUACUCCCAGACUGCCUCCUAAGAGUCAGGCCCCCUUGCCUCCUACACCCCCACUGCCACACCCCUCUCCCCCUCUUCCUUCAUCCUUCUGGAGAAAACGCAGGCCCAAAAAACCCAAAGAGCCUGGUGGACCACUCUACGAGAACAUUCUACCUUUGGGACGAAGAGGAGGAGCACGAGAUGGUGUCAGGGAUGGAGGAGGGAGGAGGGCGCGUCCCCUUUCUCCACCACUCUCGCUUCCUGUACCAGUGCCCCUCAGUCCCUCCUACACGCCUCCUUCUCCCUCAGCAUCCUUACACUAUACCUCCUCAUCUGCUUCGUCAACCACCUCGUCCACGUCCUCUUCGUCAUCGGCAUCAUCUUCUCGCUCCUCAUCUCCCACCUACUCUUACAGCUCCUCCAGGAGCGCAGAUGACAGAACUGGAGGACUUGAUGGAGAAGAUGAUGAUGAUGAGGAGCUGACAGAGGAGUCAAGCCUUCUCCUUGGAAGAGGAAGAGAGAGGGAACGCUCAAUCAUCCGGCCUCGUUCCCUCAGCCAUGGCCGCUUGCCACCCCCAAUACCCCCCAGAAAACCACGCACAUCCUGGGGUGACAGAGAAAGGGAACGAGAACGGGAAAGAGGGGGUAGCCAGCUGUCCCAGCUCCAAGAGUGGUGGGCCAGCUGGAAUGACAGGGACCGGCGUGGAAGUGUUGGAGAUGCUGAGAGACAAAAAAUGGUGAAGAGGAGGAGAAAGGAAAAAGAGAAAGAAAAGAAGAGAAAGAAAAAGAACAAAAAGAGAAAAAAGAGGGAAGAAAGAGAAAGAGAGAGGGAGAGAGAAAGAAAGCGUAGGAAGGUGAAAAAGAAGAAGAAGGCACUAAAAACUAAGAAAAGAAAGAAAUCCAUUGGAAAUGAAAAACGGUCUGAGCCAGAGGAGGGAGAUGUAGAACUAGAGAGAGAAGGGGAACCUGAAGGGGAGAGAGAAGGAGGAAUACAAGACUAUGCUUCCUUUUCUUCCCAGUAUAGAAACGCAUUUGCAGAGAAAGGGCGGAACUCAUGGGAAGGGGAGAGAGAGAGAAACAGGAGAGAGGGAGUAGAAGAGGGCAUUGACAGGGAAGAGGAAGAAAGUAGAAGAAGCAGGGAGAGAAGGCCAAAAUCUUCACAUUCUCAUUCCAGACAUAACACCAACAGUAAGCGCUAUCCCAACUUAAAUAAACUUCCUGCAUCUGUAAAAUUUUGGGGAAAUGGAAGAGGAGAUGGGUCAAAUGCUCAACCGUCAUCCUUCCAUCCACUUCUUCCAUCUUCCAAGCGGAGAAAAGGUGGAAGAACCGAUAGAGAAGAUAGCAGUAAAGUUGGAGAGCGUCGUCCUUUGUUAAUGCGCUAUGAAAAAGACAAAGCGCAGACUAGAGAAGGAUUGUCAUUUCAUGAAUGGGACUCAGAUGAAGAAGAUGAUGAAGAAGAAGAGGAGAGGGAUGAUGUCAGAGAACGUAUGGAGGAAAGGGGAAGGAGGACAGGAAGGGGAACAGUUUCUGAGUCAGAGAGAGACAGGACCAGGCUAGAAGACAGUUACUCAGAUGAGGGAUCUUCAGGGGAAUUUGGCCGUUUUGAAAGAUACUGGGAUGAGGGAGCAGAAGGAGGUGGCACUGGAAUAGGUGGCAUAGGUGGAGGAGGCUGGUUCUUUGGUACCUACCCCUCCAGAGAGAAAGGAGGUAGUAUCAACAGUCGAGAUGAUUCAUUACUGGGAACCAGAGCAGAGGGCUGGUUUGGAGCUGACUUCUGGGGUUCAGGGCCAGGUGUUGGUUGGGGAUCUGGGGGAGGGAGUGGAGGGUUGGGCUCACAGUGGCCUCCUCCCCCAGCAGCUUUUCCUCCUCCUAGACGAUACUGGUCUAUGGACAAAAUUCCUGUCAAAGGAGAGAAAAAGUUGAAAAGAGGAGGACCCAAAAGCAAAGGGCGGACUAGGGAAUUGGUGGAAGACGCAGGGCGGUCAACAAUGUGUUCCUGUAGUCUGUACCCCCACCCACAUCCAUACCCACAUCCUCAUAGUCGCUCUCAAACCUCUCACUCCAAGAGAGGAUCCUCAGCGCAUUCCCAUAGCCAAGAAGAGCUUAUCCCCCACUCCCACAGCUUUAGCGGGGGCUCCCAUCCUAAGUCUCUGCCUUCCAAACCAGAUCCUAGUCAGGCCAAAUCAGGCAGCCAGUCUAACCUCAGCCUCAGCACACAACCCACAGACCACCCACCACCACCCACACCAUCGUCACCACAACAGCCCACCUCUCUCCCAAUGACAAUUCCUCCUCCUCCUUCCUCAUCUUCCAUCUCACCACCAGCAGGGGUAGGGAUAGCAGGACAGGCUCAGGCUUCAGCCAGUGCCAAACUCCAGUAUCAAAGACUGCGCUCUGUGCCACAGCCACGGAGGUUCUACUCUCCCCACCUGCCACUCAAAGCCAAGAGCCUGUGCUCACGCAGAGGAUCUGCCCACUUUUCCAGCCUGGAAAGUGAGGUAUGACAGGGGGAGAGGAGAGAGGGAGACGUGGGAGCGAGCACCAGAGCUAUUGAAAACCAUGGUGCCGUGGCAGCUGGAGCCAGGGAUAACACCAGAGAAAUGUCUGCCCUGGUGGCCAUAGGUAAUCAAUUAGCAACCAUCACUACAGGAACUAAUCUGGAAAGGAGUUACAUUUCUAACCCUACUCUUGGAGAGAACAGUACAACCCACUCCAUUGUGCGUGUUCUUGUGAGGGCGACUGUGAGAAGCCACACAAGGGUGAGCUACAUGCGCCUGGAUGGUUCCAAUGAUGACGAGAGUGAAGGUGAGGUUAUAUCACCUGGGACAACUUCCCCAGAACUUCUCCUCUGCUCAGAAAUGAGCUUUGUGAUGUCAUCUUCGGUUCUCCUCCCCUCCCCGAGUAACAACUCUGGAUAACAAUAACCUCCAACCUGUGAGUAAUGAUGUCAUGUUUGCAUACACGUGCAUGCACACAAAGAAAAUGCUCAAAACGUCUCCCUCCCUCUGGCUUUGAGAACACAUCUCAGUGGGAUAGGGAGAGGUCCACUACUCCCAAAAGAGGCCAGUGUUUAGUCAGUGGAGUCAGACUCCUUUCCCUCAUUGGGCUGCUGGCUUUUGAACUGGACACUGCUUCUUGGUGUUAGAGAGACUUCUCUUUUUUCUUCCCUUUUUUAAAUCAGUUGAUAUGAAAAGCAAUGCAGUCACCUCUCAUGCACUGUCUGCCUGAUCACCUUUCAAAGAACAGAGAGGACAGUGCCACUUAUUUGCCCUCUGACCUCAUGGCGUCAUCAGACCCAUCUAGCUCUACCCCAGGACCAUCUAUUUGAUGUCAUGUUUUUCUAGAAACUCUUUUAAUCAGUUGGUCAACUGAGUUGGAGCUCAUCAUGUCUUCACUGGUCCAAUUGCAAGUUGAACAGUCAAAAUCUGAAUAACACAUUAAACAUUAACAAGAGAAGUUACAACAUAGAUGUGUAGCAGAACUUCUUUUCAUGUCUGUCUUUGCUUUUCUCAUUGAGACUUCUCUUUCCAUUCUUUGUUUUUACUCUGUUAAUGUUUCCCUCACUGUAGUAGUGUUUAUUCAAAGAGGAGUCUGGAUGUGGCUAGUGUUGGAAGUGGGAAUGAUCUAAUAGCAUUUGCCAAAUUGUAUUGAUGAUCUUUGAAUGGAGAUGAAAAAUAAAACCUAAUCGUUUUUCAUCCCACUUUAAUUCAGCUUUUUAUAGGUAGAUCAAGGAGUGUUGCAGUAUCUAUAAUUGGCACUAGAUGGCUGCAAAAUACUCAAAUAAGCUUUUGAGAUGUGUGUGAGACUUGCAGUGAGUCCAAUUAUUGAAAGUAAAACUCUAGACUGUAUUAUUUCUAUAGCAAAGUCAUAAGGUUGGGAUUUAUCCAGAGGUAAAUGAAAAAAAAGUUUUUGCAAACCAUUGAUUCUUUUGUGCCAUAGCUCAGUUUGUGGAUGAUGGAUUAUGUGAAGCACAAUUCCUCUGUGUAUUUUUCUGACGUGUGCCACAGCACAAUCUCAAGGCUUCUUAACUGAUACCAUUAUUUACUAGAGGAGGUAAUGUCACAGAUGUGAACAGUUAAGGUCAUCAUAAGCAAGAUUUAAAUAUGUCAAUGUCAAGACAUUUUUCAAGAGCUGAUACUUUCAUUCAUGAAUUCAUUUGGCAAAUAAGACUGAACAACAUACUGUGAAUGUUUUGAGGUGCACAUGCAGUAACUGACACUUUACUGAGUGCAGUCAGUGAUAACUCCUUUUAUCAAGAUUAUCAGAUGACUGUUUGACUUUGAGCAAUAUUCCCACCUUUAAUGUGACAGGGAAGCAGUGGCAGAUCCUUUAGGUGUUUUGCUUUAUGAUAUAAAAUUAGAUCAGGGUCAGACAUUUUGUUUAUUUAUUUCAUUUUUUGCUAGUAAGGUGCAUUUCAGCUAAUUCGGUCGAAUAUGAGAGUAAUAAACUGACAAAUUUGUCAGCACCCAAUAAAUGUUAACUGACGUCAAUAUAAAAAUGCUACAUAUUAAAGAUUGAACAGUAAUAUGUAGCCUGUUACCUUAUGGGUUGUGCCAAAAAGCCAUCUUCAGUGUAAUCUGUGCCAACAUUUCUCACACUAAGACCAGCCACAGCCCAGCUCUUCUUCUAUUGUAGUUGAAUGUAGCGUUGACAUGAUGUAGCAAAAGAACAUCUACUUUUUUUUGUAGCUUUUUGGAUGCUAUCCACAAUGGCUAGAAAGAGGGGGUAGGGGGCUGAUUCGAUAACUAAGGGGCUGUGCGUUGUGUUUGUGCAUGUCGUCACAGAUCGAAGGGUUAGUCGACCUUCUCGCCUUCCCUUUUUUCACUCCUCUGCCCUUCUUAAGGCCAGACUGUACCUUUCAAUUGCCUACGGAUGGCUUUUUUCCCAAAAGCUUGUGCGGGGCAAUUUUUUAAACUGUUUUUACAGAAAUGCUUUUACCAUUUCUUGUCCUUUGAAAAUCCCCACACACAUUGCAUGCUUAGCUGAAGGAAAGCACCAUGAUUUAUAGUUGGAAAGAUGUGUAGAUUAAUUAUAACCUAAGCUUGGUAGCCAGGAUGGCCAAUCGUACAGCAACUGUAUGAUUGCUUUUGUCAUUUUCCACUAACUAACAGGGCUUAAACCUGGCGUGUCAUUAAGCAUUAUUUGUUUUUAUUGAGGCGCUAAAACUUAAGUCUGUGACUGCAUGAACAGAAGUGGCUCUUGACAACCCUCUAGCUUAUUUUGGUUUAUUUAAUUUUAUGCUGAGAAAAAAAUAAUAUAUUAAAAUAUACUAUGUUUUUGAGAAUGUACCAUGUUAUACUGUGAUUUAACUGAGAUAUUUUAUUGUAUUCAAUCAUCCUUUGAAUUUUAUUAUUUAUCUAUAAAGAACUAUAUAUGUACAAAUAAAUAUAUGCAUAUAUAUACAUACAGGUAUAUAUAUAUAUAUUAGUUAAGUUUGGUAUAUUUGGAGGAAGUGUUAGAUGAAAUAGUUUUAAAUGUUUUAGCUUUGUAGCAAUUCUAGACACAAAAAUCAUUUUUGAAUUUUGAUUCCUCCUAUAUGACUGUGAAGACAUUAGUGCCUGUGACAAAAAAGACAAGUAAAAGUCAAAACUCUAUUCUUCUGUAUCUACUCGAACUGUCACUCCUCUGGUACUACCUAACAUAACAGUUUGACAUUCACUGCUUUUACACAUUGAUAUGUUUCUGUCACUCUUUCUUUCUGCUUUCUGAUACUCUCCUUUAAGGUUCUUUCUCCUAGUUUUUUUAAGAUGAAUUAAUAAUCAUUCUGUGUUUUUUAUUUUCAAACCUUUAAUACCUGGUGGCAACAUUCCUUGUUUAAAUAAUUCAUCCAAUGCCCUUUUCAUUCAAUCAUGUUCUGUUCCUUUUUACUUAGCAAAAAAAAAAAAAACAGAGACCAGUAGAUACUGUGUUCUUGCUCUUUUUGACUGAUUGUUGAUGACGAUAAUGAUCAAAUUAUUGACUAAAGAAAUAAUUUAUGAACAUUGUUACUAUUGCUGAUGUGACUGAAGUGUGUAUCCAAUGACCACACCACUGUAGCAAGUCUGGGCUGUACCACACCACCAGCGAGCAAGCGGGGCCACAGUUGCUAUGGUGUUGCCAUGGAGUUUUAAUGGCGUUGCCAUGGUGUUCCUUGUACCGCUACCACCUGGUGCCUACUGGGUAAUAUAGCAUAAUUUCAUUGGCUUCUCCCAAGAUAUUGGUCAAAUAUCAGCCAUUGGUCCAGAUCGUAAUUAAUGUGGAUGGAAAUGUUGUAGAAAUUUGGUUUGUGAGGAAUGCUGAUGGACAAACUGGCAGCAACAUGUCUGCUGUCAAUGCUGAUCUAGACUGGACUGGCUUGGCUCAAAAUGGCUAGAUGCGAAGUUGAUUAAACUACCACCUGAACUGUGUUAUUUUUGUGGCUGUAUCUUACUAAUAGCUUGAAACAGGAUGUGAUGGAGGAACUUUUCUUCCUUUAAACUUGUGCAUGUUUUUAGCAUUAAAGAGAAGUGAUUUGUAUUAUUAACAUUGACAGGCAGAAUUAAGUGUUGCGUGAGCACGAAUCAUAAACCCACCGCAGUGCAACUGCAGUACUUUUGCUUUUACCUGAUUUUUCAUCUUUAACACCUUCUAAAAAUUUACACAUCAACACAUUAGCUGUGUGAGGAUACUUGGCACACACUGCACAUUUCAAUCCACCAUGUAUUCUCAUGUGUCCUAAUCCUGCACCUAACACUGAUUUGUUACCUGCUUUGAUCUCCCAAAAAAGUAUUUUUUUUGUACUUAUACUACCAAAAGGACAUUUGCACAUUCUGCAUGUUUGACACUGUCCAGUCUGCUUCAUGAACUUUACCCUCUGCUUCACAUUGUCCUUUUUUUUCCUUUCACAUCAGCCACGGCUAAGAGCUGUGAGGUCCAAAUAAUCACAUUUACUUUGCCUACUUGCUUCUCUUUCCAUUUUUCCUCUUGAUAAGGAUCCACUUUCAUUUAUUUAACUUUUCUUUAGUAAAAGUACCAAAUAUUCCAGUCCAGUCUAGUACAGUGUGCUCCAGGAAACUCUUGUUCCCGAGUUUGUAAGUGAUCUUGGUGCAGCUUAAAGCCUAUUCCCUUUCUUCACUGGCCCAAGACCUGACAACAAAUAUGCGUGGUGCUCCAGAAUUCAAACAGGGUCCUCAUUGGCUUAAAUGGCCAUGAAUUAUAUCAAGGAAAUACAGGAGUGUCACACGUAGCAUGCAUCAAGUCUAUGGCCUGCAUGUUGCACCAUGAAAACAAGACUCUACCACAAUGUUAGGACACAAAUACCCACAGAAACCAGUGUGUGUGUGUGAGAGAUAGAGCUCUUUGUGGAACCCAGUUCUGUUCCAGUAACCUUACCAACACUACAGGCCUACUUACAAGUUGCUGAGGCAGGUUGCUUGUAGGGUGAUGUUGUUGGUUGCCCAGACUGGUCUGGUCUAUGCCCUAAUUUAAAUGUGUUAGUUUAUUUGACAUUGUCCGUCUGGGGUGGGGCUGGAUGGUCAGUGCUGCACUUACUUCCUGAAAAACUGCUUCAUAAAAUAUGAUUCUCUUUAAUUAAUGCCAGUGGUACUGUGUCUCUUUCCAAUUGCUUUGUCACAAAUGUGAUUAUAAGUAAGGGUUUAGCGUUACUUUCUUUGUGUAUUUAACCUUGUUGAAAUAUUCCCCGUCCAUUGUAUGACUCAAUCAGACCUCCCUAUAGAAGAAUGUCUGCAAUGAAAGCAUAUAUUAUCUACUCUUUUGACAGUGUGUGUGUUUGUGUGAGUUUGUGCACGCUUGCUUUCAAACAUUUCUCAGAGGGUUCUCAGUUCUUGUCAGAAUUCCGGCUUGAUUUGGCCUGAGAGCAUAAUCCCCUUUUCUUCACCCUCAAAGAGAGCAACAUACCUAAUUCUCUGCCUGCACAGAGACUCUGCCUGCACAUCAAACAAGUCAGGUUCAAAUUCAACACUCCUAUAAUAUACAGGUGAGCUUUUUGUGAACAAAGCAGAAGUUUACUCCUGUGCAACCUCUUUAAAGGGUCUUCCAUACAUGCAUAAAAGUAUUUACAGUCUUUUCAUUUAUUUUGGUGUAUGUCCAUUGUUUGUAUGUUUUCUUGUUUUUCAAAAUCUGUCAUUUUGUCAGCAAAAUGAAGCUGGACAUAAAAUAUUUGUAACUUCACUAAGUCUGUGGUAUUUCUCGAAGCAGCAACACAAUUUUCCUAAAACUUUAAUACCUUGACAUGUUGAGUGGAUGUCAAAUAGAUUUUGUUGUACACCUUUUGUGGCUGUUAUUUGCUAAUUGGCUAUGCUUUGUAAAUGUGAUGGGUUAACAGCUAAUUGCAUUGUGAGGCUUGUGUGUACAUGCAGUAAUGACUUAACGGUCUAAUAAGAUUGAGUUCCAGGCAGCUGGAUCAUCCUUACACUGAUCUAAGGUCAGUGUUAUGCUGUUCUCUAUAAUGACUCUAAUGAGACACUGAAAGAGAUAAAAUUGUCCUUGAUCUCCUAUCAAGAAUCUACAUCACUUUUGCUAUGUUCUAUUACUUUUUUUUCUUCAAACAUUGGCAUAUCAGCAGUGAUUUUGUUUAAAAAACAUGUGUGGUGUAUUACACAUUCUUAAAUAUUCAGAACUGGUGGAUUGAUGAGCAUCAAUCAAGUGUAGCAACCUUUAUUCUCCACCUGGUUCUUUUUCCUUUAAUUUCCCUUUCUCCGCUUUCUACACAACCUUCCAAUUCGCUGUCACUCUAGUUCCAACUCUGUGGUUACACAGCAUUAUCACACGUACGGUGUGGCCUCGCACACAUACAUUCAUAAAUAGUAUGUGAGAAUGAAAGGAGUGUGCAGUGUCCCUGCUGAGGAGCAGCAGAUUGAUCCUGUACUGAUCUUCCUCUGGCUCCCUGGGGAUUUGUAACGCAUGUCUGCAGUGCAGGCUUAACACGAUCUCUCACUCUUUCUGUCUUGGUCUUUCAUUCUGCCUCUGCAUAAUUUGCCUGUAUCUCUUCUCCCUCUAUGUUUUAUAAAUAUUUUUUUCCCAUCAAGUUGAUUACUUUUGUUUAUCACCAAUCAUUUUUGCUCUUGUCCUUUAUCAUUCCAAAUAGUCCAAAUUCGUUAAAUUGUGUAUCUUUACCUUUCACGUCUAGUUGUAAUGAAGUAUAUUGGCAAUGCGUUUAUUAAAAAAUGUACUUAAACCAUUUUUAAUAUCUAAAUAAUGUAUGUUUUUAGUUUGCUUGCACUAUCAUACAAUGAAACACAUUUCAAUCUCACAUGUGUGGAACAUGCAAUGAGGUUGUUCUGCAUCUUUUUCAUCAUGCAUGCAAACCCCCAGGCUUUUACAACUCAUCAACUUGAUCUAUGGAGUUAAAAAAAACAUCCACGCAUCCUUUUAUCUCAUUUUUUUUUAUUUUUCGUAGCAACUUGGCCAAUCUCCUGCUUCCUUAUUUUCACAGAAGCACUGUGGCUUCUGAUCAGGGAUAAAUGAGCUGACUGACCCACAGAUGAUACCAAGAAUCUGUUUGCAUGAGAGAAACAUUGAGACAGAAACAUUCUGUGCAAAUGUAUGACUGCUGUUUUUUUUCUGUAUGCUUGUCUGUCUUUGCAUUUUAUGCACUUGCACAAUAGGCAGUAAAGCAAAUAGCAUGCUUUCAUCUGUAGUCUUUAAGGUACUGGUAUGAGUGUUUACUCAAUAACAUGAAUGCUAAUUUUAAGACAAACAAGAUUUAUUUAAUUAGAUUAAAACAUACACACACAAAUGGGGAAGAAGUGUGCUCUUUACGUUGAUUUAGAUCAUUGUGUUUAACGCUUAAACAGGCUCAGGAUAUUGUUGAACACAAACAGCCAAAUGGGAUUAAAUGUACCAUAAUCAUAAAUUAAAUCAAGCAGUAAAGCAGCAACAACAAAACAACUAAAUGUGGGCUUUUGAUAUUUUUUUGUCUAUUAACCACUAGUUCUGUAAGGAAUGGAAAAUUGGCCAUCCCAAUUUCACAGUGCCUGAGGUGAUAUCUUAACAAGGGCUUGUUAUUCCAAGAAAUUCCAUUUGCAUUAAGUUUAUUUAAUGGUAGAAUAAAUACUUUAUUACUUGUUAUUAUUAAUUCUUAAUAUUUUGCUUCAAAAGUUAAGUAAAAGAAUUAUUGAUUUUCAAAGCCUUCUUCCCACAAUAGAAAAUAAAGUCAUUAAAAAAAAUUCAUAGGCAUUGAAUGUACUUGAAACAACAGAAGGUUUAAGUUUGCUUCAUUGUGCCACGGGUAUGUUUGAAGAGGCACUUCCACUAUAUAGGACACACUAAUUUUUCACACUAUAUCCAUGUUUGGGUCUUUGUGUGUGUGUGACUGUGUCUAAUACCACCUGCCCAAAUGGGAAUUCAUCCUAGAAACGAGGAUGAAAAUUAAGAUAUUCUCAGACGUUACCAUGUUCUCCCUUCGCCUCAUUAUCCAAUCGCCUCCUGUUCUUCUGAAUCCCCUGCCCUUCUCUUUCAUCUGUUCCCCUGAGCACAUUUUGUUCACAACCUUCUUUUCCUCCCUGCAGCAAUAAGAAAGCCUUGGCAGCGCACAGCUGGGGCUUUUAGUUCUUGUUGGUAUUUUGCACAUACUAUUGUAAAAGCUUCCAAAGCAGGGCUGUGUUAGUCACAAAAGUGAAUGAUCUCACUUUGGCCAUUGGCCUAAUGUUAUUCUCUCAAGGUCUAAUGAAUUCCGGAGACAGGAUCUGAUACAUGUAGGUUUCAUUUCUAUUUUAAUAUCUUAACACCAGAAAAAGAACCACAGAUAUAUAAACACAUCACCAUCACUGAUUUGUAAAGCAGUUAAAGUCUGUAUUUUCUAUAAUCUCUGAAUUCGCUUACAAUUUCUUAUGCACAAAAAGGUCCUUAUGACUCCAGUGAUGUUUCAUAUUUACCAGUUCUUGCAACUGACUGAAAAAAACUGGAUGACUCCUUUUCUUCAUGCUAGAAAGAAUGCUGGAAAGUAAUAGCAACUUUUGGCCCACCUGUAAGUAAAAAUCUGUUAGUUUUACUAAUUGCUAAUGCAAAAAAAAUCUUGCUCCUAAACACACUGAAAGGUAAAUUCGGAAAUUGCAAAUCUGUUGAGGCUAUGGGAAAACAAGACUCUUGAAAACAAAAAGUGAUAAACACAAAAUAUAGCUAGUGACCAAGCCAUAGAAACAGACUAAAAAAAACAUCAGUCCUCACUUUACAUUCCACUUAUGAUUGAAGAAAACUGUUUCUUUCCCUUUUGUCUCACUUUUGCUUUUUCUGCUUCUUUAUAGCACAGCUUUAAUUUGACCUUUCUAGCUAAUAUUUAAACUAUAUCAUUUGGACUUUGAUAGACAUCAGUCGUCCCGCAUGCAAUAAAGGAAACAUCUCUCCAGCUGCUUAGAUGCAUUGUAACAAAUGCAAAAAAACAGCAAAAAAAAAAAAAAAA